AUGUCUUCACCAUCCGGCUCCUCACAAGCAUCUGGAGCUGGCAAAGCCAAUGGCGCCCUCAACAAAGCAUUCCCGCACAUUGACCUUGAUGGUCACAACCUUCCUCCCUCGCCUGCACCAUCUAGUCCUCACAAUGGCAGAAGAUAUGCCUUGGCCACCGAAUUAGUUUACACCGAGACUAAGGAUCAGUAUGGAGCUUCAAGCAUGCCGAUAUAUCAAUCUGCCACAUUCAAACAAAAUUUGGCCGGUGGCGGAUCAGAAUACGAUUAUACACGUUCCGGAAAUCCUACAAGAACACACCUGGAACGACAUCUCGCGAAGAUUAUGAACGCUAACCGUGCCCUCGUCGUUGGUUCUGGCAUGGGAGCAUUAGAUGUUAUUACACGAGUUUUACGACCUGGAGACGAAGUCAUUACAGGAGAUGAUUUAUACGGAGGUACCAAUCGAUUGUUGACAUACUUGGCUGCGAAUACUGGCAUAAUCGUACACCACGUCGAUACGACUACUCCCGAUAAAGUCAAAGCAGUUCUGGGUCCUAAAACAGCCAUGGUUUUGCUCGAGACACCAACCAAUCCUUUGAUAAAAAUUGUCGAUAUUGCGACAAUUGCAAGGACAGCACACGAAUUGAAUGAGAAAGCUUUAGUUGUUGUUGACAAUACUAUGCUUUCUCCCAUGCUAUGCAAUCCCUUGGAUCUUGGCGCAGAUAUAGUCUAUGAGUCAGGCACAAAAUAUCUCUCUGGGCAUCACGAUAUCAUGGCUGGUGUUCUAGCUUUCAAUGACCCCGCCAUUGGAGAUAAGAUGUACUUCACAAUUAAUUCUACUGGUUGCGGGCUCUCACCAAACGAUUCAUUCUUACUUAUGAGGGGAAUAAAAACUUUGGCAAUCCGUAUGGAACGACAACAAACAAACGCCCAAGCAAUUGCUGAAUUCCUUGAAACACAUGGUUUCCGUGUAAGGUACCCUGGCUUGAAAUCCCAUCCUCAAUAUGAUCUUCACUGGUCCAUGGCUCGUGGAGCUGGAGCUGUGUUAUCCUUUGAAACAGGCGAUGUUGCUCUCUCUGAGAGAAUUGUUGAGGCAGCAAAGUUAUGGGGCAUUAGUGUCAGUUUUGGUUGUGUCAACAGUCUGAUCAGUAUGCCAUGCCAAAUGAGUCAUGCCAGUAUUGAUGCAAAGACCAGAAAGGAAAGACAGAUGCCAGAAGAUAUCAUUAGACUGUGUGUUGGAAUUGAGGACGUGAAUGAUUUAAUUGACGAUUUGAGCCGUGCUCUCGUUCAAGCAGGUGCUGUGAAGGUAACUCUUGAUGGAUUCCAUGCUGUAGAGACAGCUCAAGCUGUUGCUGAGGUACCGAUAGCUGAAUCGGAUGCUGCUGCAGCUCCAUUGUAA